AUGCAGACCAUGGACCAGAUCCUAAGAGCGGCCAAGUCCGGAACCAGCACGCCGGACUUCUGGCUGGUCGCCAGCGAAAAGUACGAAGACGUUCCGUUUCCGCGGAGACAGAGACAGAGGCAACCCAGGAAGGUGAACCUGGGGACCCCGCCAGGCACCGUCGCAGCAGAGGACUUCAAGCCCCCCUUCGCCGGCAGCACGGUCGACGAGGCCGCGGCGUGGCGACUGAGAUUUGGAUCUGGACGAGCACCACUUUGGCGUGUUGGAUCGACGGACGGCCGGGCCCGACGGGGAUGGCAGUGUCGUGGUCUGCAAGAUUGGCGACAGGAACUUUGA